UGCUACUAUUAAUUUUAAUUUGGGGCUAAUUUAAACUUUGGCUAAAAGAACGGUAGCUUAAAAUUGUUGAUGUUGCAUACGUUUUUUGACAGAUAUUCCACAUAAAUUCAAUGUCCCGAAAUUUUUAAAGUUAACAAUAAGUUUCGAUGCUGUCUAGUUUGUUUUAGUAAGCCUAAAUUGACGUUUGUAAUUCUGGGGUUGCAAGACUUGAGACUUGCUUUACACAUAUUGUCUUUUUGACCUGGUGUAUAAAAAGAACAAGGAAGAUUCAUAAUGGCACAGCCAGAUGCAUACGAAUCUCCUCAGGAAAUGCUGUCCCAUAGGCGGACAUCGUCCAUCUUGUCUCUUAAUGACGACUGCUUGGAGCGUGUCCUGCAAAAACUGGGACUGCAGGAUCAGCUGCGAUUCGCCAGGACCUGCCCACGAUUUAGGAGGAUCUACAAGAUGGCCACUGCCCGGCUGCACAAGUCCGUGAACUCCGAUGAGCUUGAAAAAUGUACCGCCAGGGAAGUAUGCACCUUCUUCAAGCUGUCUGGAGCUCAUGUACAGAGCAUUAAGGUAAUGCAUAUCAAGGAACGUUUGGCCAAAUUGGUAGGGGACAAAUGCAGCAAUCUGAGGACGUUGCAUUUUGUGUUCUGCCCUAAUAUGUAUCUAUUCAUGAAGUCUAUUAUGGACAAUGCUUAUCAUCUGGAGGCUCUGGAGAUAUGCUCUUCAGGCAUUCGCGAUAAGGACAUUUCUGUGCUCCAGAACCUGACCAAUCUGAAGAUCUUAGAGUUGAGCAACUGCUAUAUUACUGGUCGCACCUUCUACGAGCUACCGGCUUCCAUCGAGGUGCUAAAGCUUAACUGCCUCAAUUUGGAAGUCGGCUCCCUUCCCCAGACCUGCAAGCGCCUAACCAAACUGAGAUCCCUCGACCUCCUGCGUUUGUAUAGGUAUGACGAGGUCUUCAAAAUGAUGGUAAUGGAGAACUCUUGUCCUUCGCUGGAGGUGCUACGAUUCACCAUGGGUCUCCGCCGCAACAGCGUGUAUGUGGCCCAACUGCCAAGCCUAAAAGAGCUGAUGAUUUGCAGUGAUAUACUGGACACACAGGACUGGCAACACUAUAAUAACUUGUUGACCCUGCUAAUCGAAGGACUCGUGGAGUACAAGUACCAGGAGCUAGAGCAUUUAACAAUUGGUGCCCGCCUAACCAAGGAGCAGCUGAAAGAGGUGGGCAAGCUUAGCGGCCUUCGAGUCCUCUGUUUGUCCUGGGUGGACUUUGACUAUGCGCCAAUCGCCAAGCUCAAAAUGUUGGAGAAGAUAGUCUUCAAUGAACCGUGCGUCAGUGACUCAAUGGUAUUGCACCUGUUUGACGCCUGUCCCAAACUACACUAUUUGGGACUGAAACAAAUCUGCUUAAACGAUAAGCUGGUAACUGGGAUCGCAGAACGAGUUCGCCAGGAAAUGACCAACAAUAACAUGAAGCGAAAGCUGCCCAUUGAACUGGGAUUUUCUACGAGCGACGAGGAAAUAAGGAUGUUUAUUUGCAAUAAUCCUGAAGCGGCGCCCAAAAAAAUCAUUAGAUUGAAAGGAUAUAACGCUUAUAGCUUUUGGGCUGGGUGGAUAUGUUGAUGACUCUUAAAAACAAAUUUGUAACUUGUUAUACACGUAAAAUAAA